AUGAGGAUAACACGAACGACUUCAUUCAAGUCGAAGUUCAAGAACAUAGUAGAGACAACAUUGAAUCUUGAAGAUGAAGUUGAUGAUUUCGUUGCCGACCCUGAAGGGGCAUGUCACCAGAACAAAAAACGAGCAAUCUUAAGAAUGGGUUUUGGGUCAAUUCUGCAAGUGAGUAUAACAAGUUAUCCGGGGCAACUAAGCUACUACCUUUUAGAUGUGUAUGAUGCUGAUAGUAGAAGACUUGUCCUACAAAACUUUGUUAUUGAGAUCACAGAACAGACAGUCCAUGAUAUGAUGGGGUUGCUAAUUGGUAAAGAAGACAUCAAUGAGUUGCCAUUGUGUGACAAGGGGAAUCAAAUUUUGGAAGAAUGGAGGGGACAAUAUACUUGUGAUAAGUUCAAUGGUGAGGAGUAUUUAAGAAGAAUUCAGGCUACAUCAAAAGAUAGUUUGAUUUUUAGGCUCAAUUUUUUUGACUCUUUUCGUUAA